ACUCUCAGUGAUUCCUACACGUGUCUUCUUUUCUGGCAUUGAGCUACUUAUUCCGGUUGCCAUAGCCGGUGCCACUCUGUCGAUCCUCUGCUAAGUCUCAGAUCUACUUUUUCAUUUUUAUUUUCUUCGUUAUUUAUAGAACUCAGAUCUACUUAUUCCUCUGUUCUUUGCAAAUUCAAAUCUGCUUUUCUAAUGUUUAACAUUUUGGUAGCUUCUUGUUGGCUGGAAAAUGAUGGGCUAUUGCUGGAUUUGAAUUCUACCUGAAUUUUCUAUUCUUUGCCCAUAGAAUGGUUGCAGCUUGUGGAUGCUAUUUUCAGUUUGUUUUCUUGAAAUUUCGACUUAGACUAAACUCUGCUCUACUCCUCUCGUGAAUAGUUGGCCACCGAUGCUCACGGGUUUGCACUUUACAGGAGCAACCCAAAAAAGUACACCAUCAUCUCUAGAGUCUGGACCAAUAGUGAUUAUCCAAAAUACUUCUAAAUCCAAGUUAUCAUAUAAAAUUCUUUGAUAAAAAUUUUAUUUCCUUAUCUAAGUUUCCAUUCAUGUCAAUCAUGAUGGGUUACUUUUAAUUGCUGAAUUCAUGUCAAUUACCCAACCUGAAUUCUUUCAGUAUUAUAUGGUUCUUCAUAUGUUAAAUUUCAACCUAUUAGCUUUCUUGUAUUCUUGUGAUGGGGUUGUGUGCUCAGAAGAUGCCUCUUUUUGUCAUAGCAGUGCGGUCUUCAGCAAGGAAGGUAUAUGAGCUGAUGAUUUAGGGAGGUAGUUUAGGAAUGGUCGGGUUAAUUAGGGAGUAUUAAGGAAGAAUGAACCUCCCCUGCUAUGUGUAAGGUGUUAUCAUGAUUUGCAUCAUUCCUCACUAUUGGACCAAUAGUGUAAUUAUUUUUUCUUGUCAGUGCCAUUUCACCAGUCAAAAUUAACAGAAUUGUUAACUGACGGUGAGUGAUUAACGGUUGCAACUUAAAUGAAAGUUAGAUGUCUUUGGUUUGGAUUGAUAUCUUUCUUUAAGUUCUCUUACCUUAUUUUCCUAACCUAAGUGAGAAGUGUUAGCAUAUGAGUCUGGCUUUUAAUGUUAAGUUUUUAUGUUCUUGUAUUUUCAAUUCAUAUGGUAGUUUGAUUCUGCAACAGAUCCUCAUAAACUAUAUGUAGAGUCCAUAUAACACAGACUAAAAAUGCUGUGAUUUUCCUUGCCAUAGAGAGCUGAUUUGCAUGUAACAAGUACUGAUUGUUUAGCAUCGCAUAGAGGAAAUUGCUUAUUUUUUUCUAUUUAUAAGCAUCUUGUGUUGCAUAGCUUGUGAUUUGGUAGAGUUCUUUGCAGGAAAGAUAGAAAACAAAAUAGAAGUUGCAGAUGCCUUGGUAGUUAUUUUCUUAAUCAUUUUCUUUUUCAUUUGUUUCAUUUUGAUUAUGUGUUAUCUGUAUCUAUUUCAAAUUCUUUUGCUUUAAAAGUUAUUGGACCAUAAUCCAUAAGGUUUUAAUCUCUUGGAGGUGCUCAAUUUCAAUCAGCUGGGAGAAUGACAAGAUGUUGAUCAGUCUCUUAUACCUUGUGUAGGUCUCUUUCUGUUGAGUUUUCAUCAACUAAGCUGUACCCCAGACUCCAGGGACAUCUCAAUCCAUAGUGAUUCUUUUAACUCCUCGAAGGGAAUUCAAGAGGAAAACAGAAAGCGUCAACCAUGACAAUCAGUAGCAAACCAUGGAGAUCAAUGGUAUAAUAUUUUAGACCCAGUGGUGGCGAACAUGAUUUGCUCAAUAUGUUUUUUUGUCUUGAAAUGGUGAUGAAGAGAUUUGAACCCAGUUUCCAACAUAGGUUACAUCUCUUCUGACAAUUCAGCCAAAACCAAUGUCAUUUGUGCUAGCAACCCAGUAAUGAUCUGGCAAGUCUCCGAAGUGAAGAAAUUUCAUCCAGAUCAGGCAAUGCAAAGUGGAAGAUGCAUAAAUAUUUAAGGCGAUCAAGUGCCAUAUUCUGUCAAAUUCGUUGCUAACUAACAGACAAGAAAUGUGGAAGGCCAAG